GACCUCAAGGACGUCAUCGAGCUCACAUGGUAAAUAACAUAGUCGCUCUACUCCUGAAUCUGCGAAUGCAUGGCGACCUGGGGAGGAUAAUAUCUUGACGCCAUUUAAGAGAUCGUUCCAUUGUCAUGUUUUGCUAUCGAACUUUGGAACCUGUGACAUCGAGAGGACAUCCAUGCAUCGGAAGCUUUGCCGGCUUCCCGAUCUGCUCGUGUUAUUCUGUGGUUGAGCAAAUGAUGCUAUGGGAGCCGAUGGUACGAGGCGUCUGCUACCGGUACGCAAUGCUUGAAGAAGAUAGGAAUCGUAGUGUUGAGUUGCAGCCUUCUAGGUUCGGCGGGAAUUGGGCCGCGUGUCCGCCUGGCGUUUCAACGGCCUUCCAAUCCUUAAAUCUGGCACCAGAACUUAUAUUUUGGCUUGGCGCACAAGACUAGUGACACAUCUGAUCCAUGCGAGGACGUUCAGUGCAGCAUCUAGA